AUGACAAUCUCUCCACUAGCUACCAUACUAUUUGCUUUCAGCUUGCUAGCGUUCCGGGCUAUUGAUGCCUACCCAGUUCCCACAGCUCGCCCUGCUGCCAAUCCAGCUCUAGAUAAAAGAGACGAAACAACCACCAUAUACAAGUACACCUCGACUGAUGUGCAAACCAUCAUCGAGAAGAUACACGCUACUCCUCUUGCUACGCCAUCUUCCGAUGCUUUAUCAUUAUCUUUGGCGGUCUCUCUUAUAUUAGCCACAGAGUCAUCGAGUACUACCACUUUAAUUUCUUCAUCUUCCUCUUCCUCUUGGUCUUCCUCCUUUACCACCACUACAUCUUCCUCUUCCUCUUCCUCUUCCUCUUCCUCUUCCUCUUCCUCUUCCUCUUCCUCUGUAUCAUCAUCAUCAUCAUCAUCAUCAUCAUCAUCAUCAUCAUCAUCAUCAUCUUCUUCUUCUUCUUCUUCUUCUUCUUCUUCUUCGUCUUCGUCUUCCACUUCCACUUCCGUCACUUCUUCCUCUACAAGUUCAACUGCUACCUCAACAUCCUCGUCAGGGUAUUAUAACUGGCCCAAAAACGGUAUUCAAGGGGUCAAUCUUGGUGGUUGGUUAGUAUUGGAACCAUGGAUCAACACUGAUUUGUUUUCCACAGAUAACUUUCCAGAUAACGACAUCCCUUCUGAUGAAUUCAAUUUUUGCGAGACCCUUGGAGAUAAUGCCACUGAUCUUCUUGAAUCUCAUUACAGUUCCUGGAUCACCGCCGACGAUUUCACUAAAAUGAAGCUGUACGGGUUGAACGCCGUGAGAAUCCCUAUUGGUUACUGGGCGUACGAACUUAUGAGCACUGAUAAGUACUACAAAGGGAGUCAAGAUGCGUAUCUUGAGAAAGCCAUCGGUUGGGCUAAGGAUAACGGCAUGUACGUGCUUAUUGACCUUCAUGGCACUCCAGGAUCCCAGAAUGGUUACGACUCAUCUGGCCACAAGAAUUACCACGAUUGGGAUGGGUAUGAUAACAAGAACAAAACCAUUGAUAUUUUACAAAAGAUUUUUGAGAAGUAUGGUGGUGAAACCUACAAGGAUGUGGUCAUUGGUAUUGAAUUGGUGAACGAGCCAUUAAUUGGUGGUGAUGGUGGGGUCGAACAAAGUUGGGUCAGUGGACUUUAUUCCGAUGUCAUUGAUAAUGUCAGAAGCAACUCCAGUAUUGCUCAGAAUAUUGUGUUGCAUGAUGGUUAUAUGUACCAAGGUGCUUGGAGCAACGAGGCUUAUAACGAUGAUGAUGUUAUCUAUGAUACUCAUAUGUACAUGUUGUAUGACUCCGGUUAUAUUGCCAAAGAUUUUGAUGAAAAAAUUGAGCAGGUUUGCACUUGGGGUGACGAGAUUGCCACUCUUUCAUACAAAGAAUUUGUUGGAGAAUUCACUGCUGCCUGGGACUCAAAUAGUUCUUCUAUCUACACUGAAAAGAUUGCUAAGUGGGGUGAUAGUGAUAAAGUCAAUAUUAGAAAGUUUGUCGAAGCACAAUUUACCGCUUUUGAAAAGAGUUAUGGUUGGUUCUUCUGGAAUUGGAAAAUGGGUAAUUCUGAUCAAUGGAAUUUCCAAAUUUUGGUGGAGAAUGACAUCAUUCCUCAGCCAUUGAGUGAUAGAAAAUACACAACUUGUUAA